AUGAAAGAACACCUGGAAAAUAACCUGUGCUUCAAGUGUCACAAAGCCGGGCAUAUGAGUCGAAACUGCCCCAAAGGACAGCAGGUUACGAGUAGCACGCGAGAUAAAGCUCCUGGGUCGAAGACCAGCUAUGCCGUUCGGUAUGCCGACAGUAGUGAACCUGCCGAUGAUGCCAUUCAGGUAACCGAUGGCGAUGGCGACGAACCUGAGGUGUUAGACGAGUUGCCCUGUGGGUCAGUGCGGUUCCGAUUGGACGAGGACGACCAGGAAGAAGGUGCUGGGGCCGACACGGCUUUUGUACAGGACGACGCGGUGGACCCGUUUGGGAAUCCUCCGCCGUACGAGGAGCUUCGGAUGGAGGCCUAUGAUGCACAUGCCUGGUAUCGGAGGUAUCAGCGGCGCUGGUAUCGUUGGAUCAUUGACUAUCUAGAGACGCGGGGCAUGACGCAUCGCGUACGUCAAACCUGUGAAGCAUAUGAGAGGCACGGAUCUGAUAGUACCUUUGUGUGUCCGGAUGCCGUACGAGCGCAUAGGCUGGAACGUGACGCUUUCAUCGAGGGAUCUUCGCGGUUCGGUGACCCAGUUGCUAACCGUAUGGGGAUGGUCGUUGAGGCGCAGAUUGACCGGCUGCCGCACCUUUGGGAAAUCUGGACACAAGAGUUCGCUAUCGACUCCUACAUGGUGCUCUCUGAGGACGGGUACACGCCAUGGGUAAUGAAUGAGCCGUACCUUAGUACGUCGCUUGAAGUCCCUCAAGAACUCCUGACGCGGCGAAGCUUCGACUUCGUUGGUUGGUAUCGAGCCCGCAUGCUGGAAUUUGUUGACAUUGCGUGGCGGUUCGAACACGACGAACUUGGGAUGGAAGACGUCGACUUCUUUCAGGAGUGGAAUUGGGGCGAACCUUGA